AAAAGUUGAAUAAGAAUUUAUAAAUACAAGUCUGGGUUCUUUACAGUAGUUAGUGGAUUGAAUAACAGCGAUUUAGAACCAUCCCCGUCAUGAAAAUAAAAGUCGCUAUCUUCUUGGGGUUCGCUUUAUUAGUGCUGUCAAACGCAGCACCAGCGGACGAUUAUGAUUACGCCGAUGGUGCAGCGGCUCCUCCACCGAAACCGGCUGCACGCAAUCCACUUUUAAAUCGGCGAAAUCAUUUAAAUCGGCAAGCGGCACCAAAAACGUCGACAACUACGACAGCUGCGCCCGAAGUUGCCGAAGAAGAAGAAAUACCCGAAGACGAACUGGUUGAAGAAGAAGUGCAGCCAGAAACCAGUUCCACGACAGAAUCCGGCAGAAGGCUGAAAGGAGGAAUCUUACGCCCAUUCCGAAGCAACCAUGAUCUACUGGAAACUCUGAAAAAAAGACGGGAACAGGCCAUUAUUAAUAAGGCGAACUCAAAAACAGCCGCCUCUGAUGUGAACGAUUCGGAAUCGGUCGGCUCAGAACCGGAGAAGCCGGCGUCUAAACCAGCGCGCACGUCGUCGUCAUCGAGAGGGCGUUAUAGUAAAAAGGAGACCAACGCCGUAGUAAAUGAGGAGGAAUCGCCUUCAACAGCGGCACCAAGAAAUUCGGGAAGGAGAUUUAGGAACUAAACGAAAUUUUUACCAAAUAACGAAUUUAUUCGAACAAAAUGAGACCUGAUGGAGUGAAAGCUUUCGAUUUAAAUUUUACCACUAUACAGAUUCCCUAACCGAUCCUGGAAAUUAAUCAAUGUAUUUAUUAUUUAUGAUUUAUUCAAGUUAUUGUUGUAUAAUUUUAAGCUCUUAUAGCAUCGAUUGCAUUCGCCUCAAGGGACAUUGUAAUUUUAUACGAUUCGGAUAAUCAGAUGUAUUAUAAUAGAAACGUAUCUUAGUAAACGUCAUUUCCUGUUAA